AUGGAUUGCUUUGCUAAUCAUACAAAUCAUUUGAUUAAGAAUCUCAAAUCAGAAUCGGGUUCAAAUGGAGUUAUUAAAGAACUAUUGCCGUUACUUACAACAUUUACUCUUAAUACAAUAGUUGAAUCAACCACAGGGGUUGUAAUUGAAGAAACUGAUAUGGAAGAGUACAAGCAAUCAGUUUACGAAUAUGGAGAAACAUUUAUUUAUAGGAGUUUCAGACCAUGGUUGAUACCGGAGUUCCUUUUUAAGUUAACAUCUAAAGGUCGAGGAUAUCAGAAAAAUUUGAAAGUUCUUCAUAGUUUUACUAAAAAAGUAUUUAAUUUUUAA